AUGACAACUGAGCAAAGUGGGCAAGAUCAUUCUCUUGCAAUCAGACAAGAAAUACAACGUUUCGAAAGUGUCCAUCCAUCAAUUUAUGCUAUUUAUGAUCUAAUAGAUCUUAUAUCUGAUACACACAUUGCAAAACAAAUUCGUGAACAUGUUGUUGCAAUUGAAGAUUCUUUUGUUAAUAGCCAUGAAUGGACAUUGGCUAGAAAUGUUCCAGAGUUACAUUUAGGAAUCAUUGGUUCAUCUGAUUCAGGAAAAUCUGCUUUAGUACAUAGAUAUUUAACUGGUUCAUUCAUGCAUGAAGAAUCUCCAGAAGGUGGCCGCUUUAAAAAGGAAGUUUUUAUCAAUGAUCAAAGUUAUCUCUUGUUAAUUAGAGAUGAGGGUGGAGUACCAGAAUUACAAUUUACUGCUUGGAUAGAUGCUUUAUUACUUGUGUUUAGUUUAGAAAGUGAGGAAAGUUUCUCAGUAGUUUGCAGUUUCUACAACAGAAUGUGUUCAUUUCGAAAUAUGUCAGAAGUACCAAAAAUACUUGUAGGAGUUCAAGAUUCAAUUAAUGAUUCUAAUCCCCGUGUUAUAAAAGAUGUUAGACCAAGGAAAUUGGCAUGUGAUCUGAGGUGUCCUUAUUAUGAAACAUGUGCUAUUUAUGGUUUAAAUGUUGAAAGAGUAUUCCAAGAUGUGUGUCAAAAAAUUAUACAGCAUAUAUCUGCAAAACAUUAUCGAUGCAAUGGACAACAAGCAAUAGAUAAUGAAACAAAGUAUCCUGUUUCAAUGGUUGCCAAAAAUGUACAGCUUCUGACCAAAGAAAUGGAAGCAACAAAUUCAUCAAAACUAAAUAUCCCUGAUAAGGAUGAAGAUUCUCGAUCUCUUCAUAAUAGUUCUACUCAAAAUGAUUCUGGGACAAUAAGUGAUAAUUUUCAUAAUGUACAAAAUCAACAUGGUGAUUUUAGAUCUUCAAUUUUAACUCCAACUACUAUCAGAAAAUUUAGGAGAAAAUCUAAUAUAUUUACUCCAUCAAAGAAAGAAAAAUACAAUAUGGGUGAAAUGGGCGUCGGUAGAGAAAUACCCGUAAAACAGGGAUAUUUAUUUAAACGUAGUAGUAAAUCUCUAAAAGAAUGGAAAAAAAAAUAUGUUACUCUACUGGAAGAUGGUCGUUUAACUUAUCAUUCCAGCUUACAUGAUUAUAUGAAUGACGCUAAUGGUAAAGAAAUAUUAUUACAAUACGUAACUGUAAAAGUGCCUGGAAAAACGCCGAAAGGUUCCAAAUCAUCUAAUGCUCAAGAGGAUAGUUUCGAAUUUUCUAUCAUUUCGUUAGAAAAUAAAACAUGGCAUUUUGAAGCGAAUAAUGCCGAAGAUAGAGAUAGUUGGAUUUCUGCCAUAGAACAACAAAUAUUGUCAAGUUUACAAAAUAGCGAUGGUGAUAAAAAAAAUGAAACUGAUGCUUUCAAAAUGCAUUGUAUAAAGAAUAAAGUGUCAGGAAAUGAUGCAUGCGUAGAUUGUGGAGCACCUAAUCCAGAUUGGGCUAGUUUAAAUUUGGGUGUAUUAAUGUGUAUCGAAUGCUCAGGAAUACACAGAAACUUGGGUUCACACAUAUCAAAAGUUAGAUCAUUAGACUUGGAUGAUUGGUCCGCAGGUCAAUUAAGUGUAAUGUUAGCCCUUGGUAAUGAUAUAGCAAAUAGUGUUUGGGAAUAUUGUUUAAACGGCAAACAAAAGCCAAAUUCAGAUUCUCCUAGAGAAGAAAAAGAACAGUGGAUCAGAUGGAAAUACGAAGACAAAGUCUUUUUACCACCAAUUAAUCCAAAUAUUUCUUUAGGAAAAUUGCUUAUCGAUUCAGUUUGCCGGGGCGAUAUGAGAGCGUUUACGCUAUGCUUAGCCAGAUGCAGUUACGAAGAUAUUAAUAUGCCUGUCAGUAUGGAAGAUUUAAGGACACCUUUGCAUUUGGCUUGUGCCACAGGAAACUUAGCUAUGGCUCAACUUCUGAUAUGGCAUAAAGCAAAUCCACAAAAUUUAGAUCACGAAGGACGUACAUGUAUGUCAUAUGUUCGAGCACUUGAAAGAACACUCGAUAGUUCAUCGGAUUCUAUGGAAAUGCAGAAACUUCUCGAAGUACUUGAGCAAGCUAGUGUUUCUGGAGUAGAUGAUGUAGAAACAUCUCAGUAUUAAUAUUGUUUAUAUUAUGUACUUAUUGCAUGCAAUGCCAUAAUUUAAUUGAUGGCUUAGAGUUGAUGUAACUUUUAUCAUUAACUGUGUUGAUACUCAGAAAAACAACCAAAGUAUGUUAAAUGGGUUUUUAAAAAAAACGGUCUAUUUCUAUAAAAUAGCAUUGUGUACCGUGUUCAAGAUUUUCUUUGUAUUUAACAGUAUAUAUCUUUCUAAUCCUGGCUAUAAUGUUCAUAAAAUGUUUGACCAUAUAUUUUAACAAGUAUAACAUACUCUGCAUAUAUAUUUGUACAUUGAGACGUAGUUUGAAUUGAAAAUAUAAUUCAUAUUAUUAUAUAUAUUGAACAAGGUUUAGGUCCGCGAAAGUAAUGUUUAAUAGCGAAUUGGAGUGUACAUUAUCAAUGACUGAGAGUACAAACACUCGUAAAUCUAGUUAUAUUUAUAUACUGAAUACAUUUAAUGUAUUUGACAAAUGCUUUUAUAAUUCUUAUUUUAUUAAUUAUGAAUUAAACGUGUAAUUACCUCG